GAUAAGCUGGUGUGCUUUUAAUAGAAAAAUACAAAUUAUGAUAAUGUUAGGAAUUACUGUUAGUUUAAUAUUAUUAAUUAGUGGACAUAUUUAUGCAGAUAAUAAUAAGAUAAACGUGAACGUGAGACAGGUUAAUGAUGAUUCGUCAUCAAUAUUCAUUCCCGUAGCUGUUAUUUCUGAUGAGACUCGUCAAGCAAAAGCAAUUGAUUCUACAGUAAGUAAAUCAAUAAAUAUAAAUCCUUCUGAGAAAACAUCAAUUGAGAAUAAGGAUCAAAAAGUGUUCAAACUUUCUAAAAAUUUUGCUGUGAAUCCAAAUAGAAAUAAAGAAAAACACUUAGGAGUUGACCAGCCACUGAAGGUUGACAUUAAUACUGACCUACAAAUACCUGUUGCUGUAGUUUACGAAGAACCAACUACCCCGAAUAAUGUCAGAAAAGUUACAUUACGCAGAAAAGUCACAACCAAGGAACAAUCUCUUAAUCGGCGACGCACUGAGAACGUAACUACAAUUCCGAAUAAACCUAUAUCAACAGAAACUAGAUAUAAACCAGAAAAUGCUACUUUGAAACCUCAAUUAAAAACAACAGAACCUACAAGUACAACGCCAAAUAGUUUAAAAGACUCGGAAAAUAAUUCUACAAAGAAAAGAACACGAGAACGUGAUCCCGUAGUGCCAAUAAUUCAAUCCGAGAACCAAGUUUUCUCACAUAAUGGUGUUUUCCACUAUAGUUAUGAAGGUGGCGAUGGUACCAAAGCUUUUGAAAAAGGAGAACUAAAGACAUAUGAUGACGAAAAGACUGGCGAAGCCGUUGUGGGUGGGUUUUCGUAUAAGGAUAAGGAUGGACAAGAUUACAGUUUAUCAUAUACUGCUGAUGAAAAUGGCUACAGACCUGUGGGAGCGCAUCUGCCAACGCCACCCCCUAUACCGCCCGCAAUAGCACGUGCAUUAAAGUACCUCGCUACUAAAACCACGCCCGAACCUGUUACAGAUUCUAUUUAAUAAUAAAAUUGUUAUAUGAAAUAAAUUUUAUGACCAUUAUUUUAUUUAUAAUCAUAUAUCUACUUAUUUAGAACUGAUACGCAAAAUUAUAUUUUUAAUAAUCUUUGUACGCUUAAUAUAAUUACACGGUAUUGAUUAUACAUAUAUUCAAUUUUAAAUUGUACUUUAUAAAACUUGACUUGGAAGGUUUUAUUAGUCCUUAUUACAUGUAAUUUUAUUAAAUAAUCUAUCUCAGAAUAUACUUACGUACUUAGUGCAUAGAAAUCAAUUUUAAUACCGUUAUUGUUUCUCCGAAUACUGUAUGUUUUCGAAAAUAGUAUACGUAUAACUAAUAUAAUCUAUAACUAUUGACAUAUAUUAUUAUAAUAAAUGUAGGUACAUAUGUAAUAUUAGCUUGGCAUGUGUUAUCAUGUAACUCUUGUUAUUAUAAAUACAAAUCUGAUAAUUUCAGGAGUGUUGAGAAAGACCGAUAAUUAUACAUUGUUAUGAACAUAACGACUGCAUUUCGAUGAACAUAUUAAAUCCAACUUGACUAAAAGGGAAC